CAACGCCCUUGACGUUCCAUUGCGCUGUUUCAUUUUAAGUUAAAAAUAAUUUUUCUAAAUCCCGGCGAACACGAAGAUGUGGAUAAUCGGCGACAGUGUCAACGGUGUUACCAACUACUCGUCUCCGGGAUGGUCCUGCAUUAACGACACAAGUGCCGCGGCACAGUACGGCUCAGAACCGCAUCAACAUCUGCACUGGCUCGUCUUCUUCCGCAACGGAGAAUUACCGGCGCCCACCUGGUUCCACAUGGCGACGGGCGUGUACAUGCUGUGCAUCGGCUGCCUGGGCACCCUGGGCAACGGCAUCCUGGCCUGGGCUUUUCUCUGGUGCAAAGCGCUGCGGUCGCCCUCCAAUUUGCUCAUCGGCAAUCUGGCCGUGGCCGAUUUCUGCAUGAGCAUGACGACCUUUCCUUUCUUCAUCACCAGUUCGUUCGCGCAACGCUGGCUGUACGGAAAAAUAGGCUGCGAUUACUACGGCUUCUCGGGCGGCUUGUUCGGCAUGGUGGGCAUCAGCACGAUGGCCAGCAUCGCCGUGGACCGCUACCUGUCCAUCACGCACUGGCAGCACUGGUCGCUGACCUACCCGCAAGUGGCCGUGUGGAUCUCCGCCCUCUGGCUGUACGCCGCCUCCCUCUGCAUCCCGCCCUUCUUCGGCUGGUCGGCCUACAUCCUGGAGGGCGUCCAGACGUCCUGCACCUUCGACUUUCUCUCAGGGACGCCGGCCAGCAUCUCCUUCACGCUCUGGCUGGUCUUCAUCGGUUUCGCCGUGCCCGUCUCCAUCAUCAUCUACUGCUACAGCAAACUCCUGCGCUACAUCGCCGACCACCAAAAGGUCAUGGAGAACGUCGGGUUUGGCUAUGAGGCGCCCGGGCGCAACCGCCUCAACUCCAACGUCACCAAUCGCAGUGAUCCCUCCGGGACGGACCGCUCGGACACUCCGACACCCAGCGACAUCCGGGCGGCAACCACCUGCGCCGUGAUCGUGGCGCUGUUUUGCCUAGCCUGGACGCCCUACGCCUGCGUGGCCCUGACCGGGACCUUCGGGCACGCCGACCUCCUCAACCCGUACGCCAGCAGCGUCCCGUCCUUCUUCGCCAAAUCCAGCGCCAUCUACAAUCCCAUCGUCUACGCCCUGAUGAACGAGCGUUUUCGCACCGCCGUCCUGGUGAUGUUGAGACUGCGCCGGGAACCCAGUCGCCGACGUCCCGGGAACCUCCCGCGGACCUCCGAACCGGCCAUCUACAACGUCCGGCAUAAGCGGGCGUCGGCGACACUGUCGACGACGUUCUCUAUCGUCUCGGGACCCAUCAGCCCCACCUCCCCGUUGGCGCCCACCGGUUUGCAACGGUCUAGCAUCGAUGAAGGGCAGGAGGACGGCCUAGAGAUGGGGACGCACGAGGGCGUCGGGGUAUUGGUAAAGGUCAAGCGGGAGAUGCGCUGGAGUCUGGAUUUGGACCCGGUGGUUACAGUGGAGGGUCCCCCGGGAACCCUCCGGGAAGUGGAGGGCGAGAAGGCGGAAAAGACAGCGGAUGAUGAAAUGUUGUUGACGCCGACGCCCAUGACGGAGUGCUUUGGCUGUUCCGUACUGCACACGCGCGAAUAACAAUAUUAUCACCGAAUUAUUCAGUUUUAUUACCAACGCUGUCUUUCUUGAUAACAUUUUUGUUGCAGUUUUUCUGCUAAAGUUUUGUUGAUUUUUAUUUUGCCGGAGCAGCCAAAAAUUAUUCGUU